GAAGGGAAGCGCGAGUGCUCGAAUCAGGAAAAAAUGUUGAAAUUGAUAUUUGUUUUGUUCACAUUGCUGUUUUUCCAAAUAGAAUGUAAGCCAAUAAAAGUGACGGAAGAAAACUGGUCAGAUGUUCUUGAAGGUGAAUGGAUGUUAGAAUUUAUGGCUCCAUGGUGUCCUGCAUGUAGAGGAUUUGUAGAAACAUGGGACAAAUUUUCUGACUGGAGUAAAGAUUUGGAAAUAAAUGUAGGAGUUGUUGAUGUGACAGAAAAUCCAGGUCUCAGUGGGAGAUUCCUGAUCUCUGCCCUUCCAUCUUUAUACCACAUUAAGAAUGGAGAGUUUCGCCAGUACAAGGGAGGAAGGAAGGAGUCAGAACUGAUCAGCUUUGUAGAUGACCAGAAAUGGCAGGAAGUGGACCCUAUUCCAUGGUAUUUCUCUCCAGCCUCCAUCCAAAUGGCAGCAUUGGGACAGUUCUUUAAAGCUGCUAUGGCAGUCAGGGACAUUUACAAUUCUAUGACCAAGGAUUAUGGGAUACCAGAGUGGGCCUGCUAUGUCAUCUUUGCCAUAGCAACUAUCCUUGCAGGGUUGAUUCUUGGAUUGAUGAUUGUACUGUGUUGUGAUAUGAUGCUGCCAUCCAAAUAUGUCCCUUCACCAACAGAAAAACCUCAACCUAGGCCACAGGGGGUCACCUUACAAAAGGAGGAUGAAGAUGCUGAUGGAGAGGAAUCAGAAACAGACAUUAUUGAUAACUCAAAACCAGCUGAUAAAGAUGGCGAUACCAAACCAAGGAAAAGGAGGGUUAAAAAGGCAGACUAAUUUUAUAGACAUGUAUGUGAAAGUCCUGUGGGGGAUAAAAUAUUUUCAAAAUGGUGUAAAUGCAAUGCAAAUUAAAAAGAGUGUUAAAUUUUCCAAAUACAUUCAUCCCUGUUGAAGAAUGUGUGGCUAAAUUUUGUAUGAAUUUUAUUAUGGUUGGUUUUUGAGUGUAUUUAAGUUUUAAUCAGAGAAAUGAUUUUAUAUGCUUGGUCCCAAUUUUUGUUUGUUUUAUACAUGCUGAGUGAAUAUGAUGUAUUCUUAUGCUGGAUUUAACAUUUGUACAUGUAUGUAGAAAAUAUAACUGAAUGUCUACAAGACUCCAAGUCAGAACGUGCCAAUAAUGAACCUAAAAUUUUAUUAUUUAGAGAAUGUGGUGUUUAAACAAGCACUGCUUUUUAAGCAUGAUAUGUAGCAUUGUAAACAAAAACAUCUUUUAAGUUAUUAUUUCUAGUGACCUAGUUUGACAAGUACUGCAUUUUUUAUGAUCUGAACAUAAGGUGUGUGGAGUUUAAUAUGUGUAUAGUAAUAAACUUAUUGUUCUUAUACAUUUAUAUUCCUCAGUUUUACUAUGAAGAGUACUUAUGUAGAUAAGUGUUUAAAUCUGAUGGUUAAACCUGUAAAUCAAUAACAAUAAUGUGUUGAUUCUUUUACUCUAUGAGGUGAGUAAAUGAAUUGUUAAGUUUUAUAACUUUACAGCCAUUACCGUAGAGUAGUCAAUAUGUAUGUGAGUUUUUUUUUGUAUGAAUGCUAAAUGAAUAUGACUGUGAUUUUGGUAGAGGUAUAAAUGUUGUAAUUUGAUACACUAGUGUAAGAUAUUUACCCACCUGUCUAUUCUUUAUGUAUAUGUUAUUAUUUUUUUUUUUUUUUAGUUUUUGUAAUUUAAAAAAAAUAUGAGCAAAAGAAACUUUAUAGUCCAUUAAGAUAUUCAAAAGAAACUUUAUAGUCCAUUAAGAUAUUCAAUGUUUUAGAUUCAGAAAUUUGUAUCUAUUUUUUUGUUUCUUCUCCCAACUAAUCUGAUCCUGGGAUCAUGAAACUUUUAAGUUUAAAUGAGUAAAUGCCAACAAUUGGUAAAAAUUUUACAGAUACUUAAGCCUAAGUCUGUUUCAUGAUCAUGGGACCAGGUGUUUCAAACUUUUGAAUAUUUUUAACAGUUCUCUUAAAAUUUUAAGCUUUUAAAUCCUGUUCUAAGAUCAGGUUAUUUUUACCCCACUUUAUAUUACAGAGAAACCAAAUAGCUUAAACGAAGCAAAAACAUGUGCUAUUUGUUCUACCAGUUUAAACCUUUUACUGGAAGUAAACAUUAAGUAUUUUAAAAGCUGUUUUAAUUUUUCAGGGAGUAUUAAGGAAAUACAUAGCCAUCAGAUUGCUUUUAUUGUGUUCUAUGCAAGUUUUAAUAAAAGAAAUUAUAUGUUUA